GGGGUAUCAGCAACCCAAAUCUAUCUCCAUCGUCUUUGUCCAAAGUGCACAUAUUUCUACAAUUUCAGCUGUAGCAGUAAUCACUAUAACAACCUUAUCAAUAUUGCUUCAUUAAUAUUGCUUCAUUAACUUUAUCGAUAUUGCUUCAUGAGAGUUAGCUCAUCCUUGUAUGAACAUGUACGAAUCUUAUCUCUGGGUGGGUAUCUUGGAGACCCCAAGUACCAGUUCCCGUUACCGUAAACAUUUCAGCUUGCUAGAUCAUCCCCAAUACCAAGCAUUCUUGUGGCCUACCUCUACAUGAUUUUAAUAAGCAUUUUCAGAAACAUUUAACCCCAUAGUAACGUCUUGAUGUUUGGAGGAUGUUUGUGCUGAAUCUUGGUGUCCUGGAGGUUCUUCCAGACACAAGAUGCCCAAUGACUUCCUGAGAUGAACUUGGGCAAGAAAGAAUCCCCACCCCAAGACACUCUUCUCUUGUUUUUUCCCCAGACCAGGAUUUUUCAUUCCCAAACCGAGGCCAGAUGGAGGAGAAGGAAAAGCCCCAGAGAUCCCACACGAGGAGGGGCUGCAAACCCAGCCCAAGGAGCUGUGAAGAGGAAAGAUCCCCCCUGUGCCAGGAAGGUGGCCAGAGAUCCAGCCAGAGCUCGGAGCUGGGGGUGAAGCCUCACGGAGGGGAGAAGCCCUACAAGUGCUUGGAAUGUGGGAAGGGCUUCAAAAAGAGUUCCUACCUGAUCCGGCACCAGGUGAUUCACACUGGGGAAAAGACCUGCGAGUGUGGGGAAUGUGGGAAGAGCUUCAGCCAGAGCUCCAGCCUCAUGCGGCACCAAGUGAUUCACACUGGGGAAAAGCCCUACAAGUGUGGAAAAUGUGGGAAGAGCUUCAAUGACCGCUCCAGCCUUAGGAAGCACCAGAGGAGCCACACAGGGGAACGACCCUACACCUGCUUGGAUUGUGGGAAGAGCUUUGGGUGGAGCUCUGACCUGAGGAAUCACCAGGUCAUUCACACCGGGGAGAAGCCCUACGAGUGUCCGGAGUGUGGGAAGAGGUUUCAGCGCAGUUCCACUCUCAUCAGACAUGAGCGGAUUCACACAGACGAGAGGCCCUUCCGCUGCCCCGACUGCGGGAAGAGCUUCAACCGCAACACCAUCCUCACUGCCCACCGGCGCAUCCAUACUGGGGAGAGGCCCUAUGAGUGUCCCCAGUGUGGGAAGAGCUUCUCACAGAGAUCUAACUUGACCCAACACCAACGGAGUCACCAUUAAGGGAAGCCCUGCGAGUGCCCCAAGUGUGGGAAGAGCUUCGUGCGCUGCUCCAGCUCCAUCCCCCAUGGGAGGAUGGGCGUUGGAUGAUCCCCAGUGACCCCCGUUGGGCAGAGCCCUGGUGAUCCGGGGUCCUGGUGAUCCGUGUUGGGAAGACACCUGGCUGGGAGGCUCCACAUCUUCCUGGCUCCCUGUGGGCACCUGGAUGAACACAGGGCAGGAACAUCCAUUCAGACACAGAUCAACAAUGGGAAUUCCUUGGGGAAAGCUGAUUUGUUGACUUUCAAUCCCAGAAAAUUGUUAAAAGUAACGGAAUUCACAAGCCCUAUUUGUUACACUUCAGCAUCUUCCCAAUACCUCUCCUUCCUUUUCUUGGAAUUCAACACAAACUUAGAGUAAAAAAGUUUUCUAAGUGCUCUUGCUG